AAGGAGUUUUGGAAAGAGUUACCCUUUGUAGCUUACUGUAACAUAUAAAAGCUGUUAGCAGCUCCUGUAGCCAGCAACUAGAAAGCCUGCUGAGGUUUUUUUCUUCUUCCAAAUUUCUCUCUCUCUGUCUUUCCCUCCCUUCCUUUAAGGGGUUGUAAUAAGACACACUCCUCUUUCCAAGGGUUCGCACUAGCACACAGAAAAGAGCUGUUUAACUUGGAAGAACAAUACUCUAGGCUUUUUGGUUCUGCAAAGAGAUCUUCUAAACUUUCUGGCAUAAAGUAAUAUUCUCUUUCCAUAGGCCCCAAAAUGACAGUAAUCACAACCAUUGGCAGUGCCCUUUUAAUUUUCAUUGUCUGUGAUACAAAUGCAAUAGUUUUACCAAAUUCCACUGAUGUGUACCUGUCAGUCAAUGAUUCCACCAAUGCUGAAGGGGCUUUGAAUACUCAGCUGGAUUCAGUGAACCUCCCCAAAACCAGAAGUAAACGAUACAUUUCACAGAAUGACAUGAUUGCCAUUCUGGAUUAUCACAAUCAAGUGCGAGGCAAAGUCUUUCCACCUGCAUCUAACAUGGAAUAUAUGGUGUGGGAUGAAAACUUAGCUAAGUCAGCUGAAGCAUGGGCUGCUACCUGCAUUUGGGACCAUGGCCCUUCCUACUUAUUGAGAUUCCUUGGACAAAAUCUGUCUGUUCGCACUGGAAGAUAUCGAUCCAUUCUCCAGCUUGUGAAGCCAUGGUAUGAUGAAGUGAAAGACUAUGCCUUUCCCUAUCCCCAGGAUUGUAAUCCAAGAUGUCCUAUGAGAUGCUAUGGGCCAAUGUGCACACAUUAUACCCAGAUGGUUUGGGCUACUUCCAAUCGAAUUGGCUGUGCAAUCCAGACAUGCCACAACAUGAAUGUCUGGGGCGCAGUUUGGCGGCGAGCUGUUUACUUGGUAUGCAACUAUGCACCAAAGGGUAAUUGGAUUGGAGAAGCACCAUAUAAAGUAGGAGUGCCAUGUUCUGCUUGUCCCCCCAGUUAUGGAGGUUCUUGCACUAACAAUCUAUGCUUUCCGGGAGUGACAUCAAAUCAUUUAUAUUGGUUUAAGUAAAGUUGUGCAACAUUUUAAUAACUGCUUAUAUCAUUUGAUAUGAGUAUGUAACAGUAUUUUGUAUAUUGAAAUUUGCACAUAUUGUAUGUAUGUAUAUAUUUAUGUAUAUUGUAAUUAUUAUUUUAGUGUGCUUUGUGUAAUUGUUUGAAUGGAUUGUCUCAGCUUCAAACACUUCAGUUCAACAGGGCAAGGAAUUAAAUGAAUACCAUGUAACUAUAUGCAAUUCUUCUGACAAACAUGAGAAAAAAGUGCCAGAUCUGGCUAUGCAGAACAGUAUUAUCUCUGGGUUAUUUUUCUAUGCUUAUUAUUCCACAGAAUGAAUGCAAAGUAUUAUAUUAAAAGAAAUAACAUAGAAUGCUUCCAGACAGGGCUUAAACCCACGAUGAACCCGCUUCAUUAUGGAUUUAAGUCCCCACUCCCAGGUCUAAUGGGGUCCCAAAUUCUGUUUUACCAGAGGUGUUGUUUGGAUGCCUCUGGUGAAAGUUUGACAGGGCCUGCAUUUGGGGCCCUGUCUGGAAGGGCCCAUAGAUGUCUUAUCUUCAGAAAUGGCCAUUGCUCCUCAGAUAUUUUAGUAAGUAGGAAAAAAUUACAAUGAUGUUUCUUGUUCAAGAAUCUAUACUGUUAGGGAACCAAAGUCCAUGUUUGUAUUUUCCCUUACACAUAUAUGUACAGAUCUGCAGAUUGGCUGUAACUCUGAUGGUAGAUUAAAGCUGCUGCUUCUGCUGCUAUUACUAAAAUAACAUCCUAGAUACAAGAGAGAAGCAGAGCUACCUGGCUGCAUUCUUUUUGACAUAGUUUGUCCUCUCUCUUGUUAGUAUUGCCUGGGGCUAUAUAGUCCAGGGUGCUGUGUUGUGGACUAUUUGCCCUCUUGAAAUGGUGCUCUCUGCUGCUAGAAUAAGGCAGAUCCCAGGGUUUUCUCAGUAGCAUGAAAUUGGGCUCUUAAGUUCUUUCAGAGCACAUAUAAAUGAUGUGUCACCUAUAUUGUUUGGAUUUGAUGUCUCUCGCUUGCUAACAGAGCACUUAACUGCUGAUAAUAACAAUAUUGUAAUACAUGGACAGAGCCCAUAGCAUACCUAAUUCUCAGAAUGGGGCUGGGAGCAGGACCCACCUCCCUAGUGUUUUCAUUUGGAAGAUAAUAUGCGUAUCUCUAGUGUAUGGUGUUUGACUGCAGUUUCUUCAUCCUCAAUGGGGGUGGUUGGAUUAAGCUGGCUAAAAAAUUAUAGGAGUUAUACUCCAACAAUACUGAGAAAGUCACGUUUUCUCCUUCAUGAUUUGCCUGAUGCAAAAAUAAUGUAAAGUGGCUUGAGAGUCAUUGCCACUUGAAGAUUCAGUAAUGCAAUAAUAAAAGGGACACAUGCAGUCACUUAAAAGAAAAAAAAUAUUGGGAGUUUUGUGAUUGGCCUACAUAACAGUUUGAAACUGGAUGGAUUUUUUUUAAUGUGGUGCAUGUUUUGCUGGAGGACCUGCUCCUGUGAUGCUAAAUGAAAACAUUUCACGUGGUUAGUAUUGUCCAUGAACAUCCAAGUACAACCCUCCCUGGAGUCAGACCCUGUGGGAGACUGGGGGCUGCAGUGACACCCAGGAGGCUUUGGAGCGGUGCAACCAAACUGAGGGCAAGGAGGUAUUUUGCCAUGUUUCUUGCCCUCCCUGGACUGGUUCAGACUCUGGACGGGCCUUUCUUUAACACCACAAAAUAACUUAUGUUUAAGGUCUCCUUUUCAAAAAAAGGUCUUUCUUUGUUAAAUUGGUCCUGUCUCUCACCCUCAACAUGGCAAAUAUACCCCCACACUCCCUAGAGGACACACUUUCCUGUCUUGUGCCUUAUUUCUACCCUCAUAUCUGUGCUUCAGAAUCAUCAACUAAAUGUAUUCCAUGACUAAGUAACAACAUAUUCAGCAUGUUGACAGAACUCAUAUCCAAACCAAAAUAUAAAUUUCCCCUCAGACUGACCUAGUGCUAGAGAUGCCAAAAUUAAAUUUGGAGAGGGCUUUUGUACCUUUAAUUGUUUAUAGAAAUGGGCAUUAACACCAGGUAUUGCUUGUUAGCUGGUUGCAUGACAAUCAACAAUGGUUGAAAUUCUUGCAUUUACACAAACAUUAAAGGUAAACAUCUCUAGUUUUCCAUCUGGCAACCCAUCUUAAGAGAAAAGUGGGAUAUAAAUAAAUAAAUACUGACUUGGUGUUAUAAGCUAGUGGUGAAAUAAGCUCAUUUUACAUGAUGUCAUGUCUAUGGAUGCUGGUACGAAUGACAAGCAAACAGCAGCUCUUAUAUAUUUUAAUAUGUUUUUUUAAAAGUCAUUACAUUAAAAGCAUAAAAACUGGCAGAAGGACCAGUUUGCUUUCUAAACAGAUCUAGUAAUUGUAAAUACAUGAUUCUGUACUGUUGCUUGAAGAAUUAUGAAAAAUAGAUAUAUAAUGUAUGCAUAAACAUAUAUGUUAUUGUUUACUCUCCUUCUCUUACAUUGCAAUGAGUAAGUUGCUUUUUUUUGGAAUAUUGUUUUUAACAUUACAUGCAGUGAUUCUUCCAUCAGCAAACGGGUACACAGGUGUCAUCAUAGCAUACAACACAAUGGCAGCCCAUGGCCCAAGCAGAGAGGGUUGCCGCAUUCCACCAUUUUGGGCUGAAGACCCCUCUUCCCUUUGUGCUCUGGCUGUGGCACUAAUAAAACACUGGUGUACUUGGAAACUAAAAACUUUUUAAAUUCCUUUUAAUGAAUCCUGAGGUUAACUAGUAUAAAUAUACUGUUGAUCAGAAGAAGUAAGAAACACAUAUAACCAGGCCUGUAGCGAGGGGGGGGGGGU